UUGGAGAGCUCCCCUGAAUACAGGGAGCAGAAACUGAGGAAAGGGCUUGAAACCAACGUAUUUCACUGGGACGUAGUGAGGAAAGGAGAAUUUCUGGGCUACAAACUCCACUGAAAAUGUCUGUCCAGUUUUCUCCACAGGCACCCUGGAGGAACAACAACAUCAGUUUCCUGAGCAGAGAGGCAGCUGUAACAGAGCAAGGAGAGACUAUCAUAGGUUUCUACCUACUGGCUUUAGGUUGGCUGUCUUGGUUUGGAAACAGCAUUGUGAUUUUUGUCCUGUAUAAACAAAGACAUCUUCUGCAGCCCACUGACUACCUCACAUUUAACUUGGCAGUAUCAGAUGCUAGUAUCUCUGUGUUCGGUUAUUCACGGGGGAUCAUUGAAAUCUUCAAUGUCUUCAGAGACGAUGGAUUCAUUAUCACAUCAAUAUGGACUUGCCAGGUCGAUGGCUUCCUGACACUUCUCUUUGGCCUGGCUAGCAUUAAUACCCUCACAGUAAUCAGUGUGACUCGCUACAUCAAAGGCUGCCAUCCUGAGAGAGGUCACUGCAUCAGCAACAGCAGUAUGACAGUGGCUCUGGUUCUCAUCUGGAUAGCAGCUUUCUUCUGGUCAGCAGCUCCAUUACUUGGCUGGGGCAGUUAUACAGAUCGUAUGUAUGGCACAUGUGAGAUAGACUGGGCAAAAGCCAACUUCUCGACAAUUUACAAGUCCUACAUUGUCUCCAUUUUUAUCUGCUGUUUUUUCCUACCUGUAACAGUCAUGGUCUUCUCAUAUGUGUCAAUUAUCAACACCGUCAAGCUAAGCCAUGCAUUAACAGGACUGGGUGACCCCACAGACAGACAGAGGAGAAUGGAGCGGGACGUCACAAGGGUUUCUAUUGUCAUUUGCACAGCCUUCAUUAUUGCAUGGUCACCAUAUGCUGUCAUCUCUAUAUGGUCUGCCUAUGGUUACCCUGUGCCCAAUCUUACCAGCAUCCUUGCCAGUUUGUUUGCUAAGUCUGCCAGUUUCUAUAAUCCCAUUAUCUACUUUGGAAUGAGCUCCAAAUUUCGGAGGGACAUUUUCAUCCUGUUCCAUUGUACCAAGGAAGUCAAGGACCCUGUGAAGCUCAAACGUUUCAAAAACCUCAAGCAAAAACAAGAACCUUCUCAGAAAGAAGAGAAGUAUGUGGGAGAAAUGCACCCUGCACCAAGCCCUGAUUCUGGGGUGGGAAGUCCUACCAAUACCCCACCUCCAGCAAACAGGGAAGUGUAUUUUGGUAUUCUUGAUACACCAUCUAAUAACCCUGAUAUUGAAUGUGAUAGACUGUAAGUUUUUUGGCCACCUAACACAUACACUCACUUUGUGUUCAGGAAGACCCGUUUCAGAUCUGUGCUUGAGUGAUUUCUUAAUUUCCAGUCCAUCUGUUUCUUUCUAUAGCACUGAUGACUAUGCAACUCAAGCAAAUCAGAUGGUAAAGUGAUAUUUUCCUUCUAUGUAGGUACAAAAAGCCAUGAAGCACAUUACAAUGUGGGCAUAACACCCAGUGCCAGAAACAUUUAAUCUUCGCAUUCAUGCAGGAAAAGGAGGAAUGUCUUGUGAAGAGCAGGCAUUAGCUAACAAAAAUAACUAAUAUGUGGCUAUCCAAAUGUUACUAAUUAGGACAUUGUAUUUCCAAAUACGGUUUUUGCUCUUCAGGAGUCCCACCCAUAGAGGUCAGUUUUCCAUGGUGCUGUAGGAGAAGACAGGCCCUGCUGAGACUGCCAUGGAGCUGCUGCAGCUCCAACAGCUGUGGACUGGCAGGCAAAGCCAUUUGCUCCCUGCGGGCACCGACGGGUGCCUGCCAUGGGCUCCCAGAUCCUGUCCCUGCAUGGCUGUGCAUCUGAUCCGCUGUGCCUGACUCUGUGUGUGUCUAAAUGGGUGCUAGGAGCUGUAGAUCUUGGCACUUGCUAGUGGCUGCAGUCUGAACAGUGGCUUCAUACUUUUCCUCAUUGGUCUGCAGAACUAUUUCCUCCUUCCCCGACCUUCCCAGCAAGCAGGGCUCAGGAAAGCUGGCCUUUAAUUUUAGUGAUCUGUCUCCAAACUGGUUGUUUUUCUACCUGGUGGAGCAAAAGAUGUUGUACAGGCAAUGAGACCAAAAAUGACACUACAGUUUUAAGAGUACUGAUGAAGUGUGGCAUCAGAGCUAUUUACAAAACAUAAUCCAACACUUCACUGCUGCUUCUAAAGAAGGUUUUUGUACCUGCCUAUGGGUAAAAAUGACUUUUAGGUAAACGUAACUAAGUAGCAACUAAGGACAUUGAUUCAAAUAGCUGAGCUGUAGGCUUAAAUUGGUAGCAAGACUACAAUUACUACAUGUAGUAAUAUCCAAUUAUUCCAGUUUAUUUUACAGAUUCAAAGGAGAUAUAUCUUCAUAAUUUCCCAUCUUGGAAAUUAACUGCAUAAUCAGAGACUUCUGUAAAAAUGUCUCAGGAUUAACUGUGGAAAUUGUGGGUUCGUUUAGUGCCAUUUGCAAACUAAACAAGGAAGAAAAGAAAAACCCAACAACAUUAAUUGCUAACUUCACUGCUAUUUAUGACUUUCUGGAAUCUCACUGUCUGGGUGUGCUAAAUUGUAGCUGUUUUGCGAAAGAAGUAUGCUUUUCCAGAUGUGUUUCUUGGGACAGUUGCAAAGAGAGCCGCCUUCAUUUCCCCCAUUGCUUUAUUUGUUUUGAGAACAUCACCUGUGUUUGAAGUUAAAAACAAAUAAACAUUAUAAGCGACA